CGAGCUGGGCUUUUAAUUGCACCGGGUGGGUGCUGCAGUCGUGCUUUUCAUGGCUUUGUCCUGUCUAAACGCUUAAAUUAAUCACACGCUGGAACCACGGGCCUGUUGCUGGCAUGCUGGGUGGCAUAGGCCGUUUUGGUGUCCUUCGUGAGAAACUUGGGUUUUUAGCAGGAACUUAAAGUUACUGUAAACUGCGGGGGGUGGUGUGGAUUCUGUCCCUUUCAGAUGAAGUUGAGAAAUCUGAUGGAAAAGGGGAAAUGCCGUGGCCUUGUGAAAAAACCUUUAUUGCGGUGUAGUAGGGGGGAAGUCAAAGCUGUUUGAAGGUGCACUUGUUUUCUGGCCUUUUUUUGAUCUAGGUAGUAAUUACACGAGUGACUCUACCUGUACACCCAAAUAGCGUGGGUACUUACAAGGUGGUAAGCAGGGAGCCUCUCUGCAAUGGUUUCUUUGAAAAUGUCAGUCUGGUUUGAAAGCCAAAUUGAUCAUCACCAUUCCUGUUCACCCAAGUCUACUGCUCUGCUUUAGUCUGGAGUGGAGGCUUCUGUCAAGGUUGGAGCCAAGGUGACUUCAUAGUCAGUUCAUCUUUUUCUAUGUAGAUUUUGGCUUUUGCCCAAACUGACACUGCUUGCAAGCUGGAUAAGAAAAACAUUUCAGUUGCUUUUGGUUUGUCACAGAACUGGUUGAUCUUAUUGGAAGCAGGAUUUUGAGUCAGUGGUGCGCUGUUUUCAGGGGGAAUUGAUGCUGACUGAUGUCAAGGAAAUACUGUCUUGCGGACAAAACAAGGAGUGUUGUAAGCCCUUUCCCGUUGACUGAGGAGGAAGUGCUCAUGAGACAGUCAUGAGAUGAAAUGCUUUGCUCAAGAUGGCGUUUUCCAUUUCUUGCAGGCAGUGGGCUGCAAACACUUGCAGUCUCAGCAGACUCCACUGGUCAAGGAGUCAUAGCAUAAUGUCUGUGUAAUUCUCCUUGCUCAGGUGAAAGGAGCAGGCCAGCUUGUGCUUUUGAUUAAGACUAGUUCAGGAACACAUGUUGUGUCUCAGGGUGUUUAGCAGGAUUUUGACAGGAGUAAAAGUGAGAAAUAGAAGUUCCAGUCUUAGACCAUCUUAUAUACCCAGUGACCCUCAAACCUUGUCUAAUGCAGUUUUGAUUAUUGCCAAUUAAGCGAUUACAUUGCAACAGUUCAGACUGCUUGUUUAAAUGUAAAUACCGCAUUGUUGACAGUCUAGACAACACAUGGUAAGUGUGCCAAACCUGGGCAGACUGAAGUGGCAAAGCCAGAUGAUUCCCUGUGGCUUGGUGCUGGUGGAAUUUGUGAUCUUUCCCAGUACCACGAGCGCCUGUUUCCUCUGCCUUGUAGCGUGACCAGGAAUGGGUGCUGGUGUCUCUCCUGUUCUGCAAAUGGCUCUACUUGCUCAUUUUUCCCUCCCAGGGAUAAGUGAUUAACAGUCACUCUCUUGGUCACUGCUGCUUGUGACCCUGAUAAAGCUUUGACUCAGUGUUGCUUUUACCUGUGGAUCAAGUGAUGCUGGGCUCUAGCUGGGAUACUAGUGUGUCCUUAGAGCAAUGCAGAAGGACUGUUUACUACAGCUUUUCCGCUGGGCUGAUAGCAGAGUGAUGAAUUCUGGGCCCAUGGUACCUCAGAAGUUGUAUGUAGUGCUAAUGCUUGAGCUGCUGAUGUUUAAGACAUGAGCCUUAUCAGGAGCUGGCUAGCUGUGGCCUUCUCUCAGGUGUCAAUCCUUAAGUUAAGCCAGGAUAACCCAAGAGUAGGAGCAGUUUGGCUAAGGUGAAAUUCAACCUUUUACAGUAUGGUGCGUUGACCUUUUCUCAGGAGUCAGGAAAGGUGUUAUAAGGUUUCCUCUUAGCAGUGUGCCAAAAAAACACAACUCACUGUAGAAGCUCUGCUGAUCAGCUUUUGAGCAUGAGAUCCGCUUGAAAGCCUGGACUUAGCAAAGCAUGUGGGCUGUUUUGGUGUCAUGGAGCAGGAUAUUUCUGUGGUUAAAAAAAAAAAGCAUAGAAGUUAAGUAUUGAUAUUAAGGUUUUCUCACCAUUUGUUGGACAUGAAGUGCAGUGGCACCUUCUUUAUCACAAAUUACAGAUGUUGUUAUCCCUGCUUUUUAAAGAUCUUGCAACUGUAUAUUUUUCUUAGCUUAGUAUGUCAACUCUACAUUGUAUUGGUGUUUCUGGUGGCAUUUGAAUUAUCCCUGGAUAUAGACUUGCAGUGAAUUGCUGUGACAGACAAGAAAAUGGCAAUAUCAUAUAUCUUAACAUUACCUUAGGUGCUUUGGAAGUAGCAGCAAAAAAUGCUGGCCACACAAUUCAGUAGCUAAUCCUUCUUGUAGAGUUCAUAAUAAACAUAGAGGUGAUACAAAGCUGGGCCCAAAAUCUGCAAAACUGAGACUGGUGAUAGGAAUGAAACUUUGAAAACUUUAUGUAGGAUAUUUCUGAUAUUUUGAGGAAGUAGCUGACUUGUGGCUUGCUUUCUUUCAGCUUAUAAAACUGUAUCGGGUGUGAAUGGUCCCCUGGUUAUCUUGGAUCAAGUUAAGUUUCCUAGGUAUGCAGAGAUUGUCCACUUGACUCUUCCCGAUGGCACAAGAAGAAGUGGGCAGGUUCUGGAAGUCAGUGGCUCCAAAGCUGUGGUUCAGGUAUUUGAAGGAACUUCAGGUAUUGAUGCUAAGAAAACGUCUUGUGAAUUUACUGGGGAUAUUCUUCGAACCCCUGUCUCUGAGGAUAUGCUUGGCAGAGUAUUUAAUGGAUCAGGAAAACCUAUAGACAGAGGCCCCAUUGUUUUGGCUGAAGACUUCCUUGACAUAAUGGGUCAGCCAAUCAAUCCCCAGUGUCGUAUCUAUCCAGAAGAAAUGAUUCAGACUGGCAUUUCUGCUAUAGAUGGUAUGAACAGUAUUGCCAGGGGGCAGAAAAUCCCCAUAUUCUCAGCUGCUGGCUUGCCCCACAAUGAGAUUGCAGCUCAGAUAUGUCGCCAGGCUGGCUUGGUGAAGAAAUCCAAAGAUGUGAUGGACUACAGUGAAGAAAACUUUGCCAUUGUGUUUGCUGCUAUGGGUGUGAACAUGGAAACUGCUCGGUUCUUCAAAUCAGACUUUGAGGAAAAUGGGUCCAUGGACAAUGUGUGUCUGUUCCUGAAUUUGGCCAAUGAUCCAACCAUUGAACGCAUUAUCACACCUCGUCUAGCUCUAACAACAGCAGAGUUCUUGGCAUAUCAGUGUGAGAAGCAUGUGCUGGUCAUUCUGACAGAUAUGAGCUCCUAUGCUGAAGCUCUGCGAGAGGUUUCAGCAGCUAGAGAGGAAGUGCCUGGCCGUCGUGGUUUCCCAGGCUACAUGUACACUGACUUGGCUACUAUAUAUGAGCGUGCUGGGCGUGUGGAAGGCAGAAAUGGUUCCAUUACUCAGAUUCCUAUUCUUACCAUGCCCAAUGAUGAUAUUACUCAUCCUAUCCCUGACUUGACUGGGUACAUCACUGAGGGACAAAUCUAUGUGGAUAGGCAGCUGCAUAACAGACAGAUUUACCCGCCUAUUAAUGUCUUGCCCUCCUUGUCUCGACUGAUGAAGUCGGCUAUUGGAGAGGGUAUGACCAGGAAGGAUCAUGCAGAUGUAUCCAACCAACUGUAUGCCUGCUAUGCUAUUGGAAAGGAUGUACAAGCUAUGAAGGCUGUAGUUGGUGAGGAAGCUCUUACCUCAGAUGAUCUUCUUUACCUGGAGUUUCUGCAGAAGUUUGAGAAGAACUUCAUUGCUCAGGGUCCUUAUGAAAAUCGCACUGUUUAUGAGACCUUGGACAUUGGAUGGCAGCUUUUGCGAAUCUUCCCCAAGGAGAUGUUGAAGAGAAUUCCUCACACAACACUGGCUGAAUUCUACCCUCGAGAUUCAACUGCAAAACACUAGCCACAGCUUCAUCUCUAACUCCUUGCUCUGUGAAAUGCUGUUUGUUUUCUUUUUUCAUGUGUUGGUGUUUACUUGUCACCCUUAAAAUUAAAACCGAGAAUAGGUGACAUUUGUGCCAGUGUUUCAAUGUACACUGAUACCAGUUUUUAAAAUAUCCCUUCUUCCAAAGCCUGGAUCUUCAGGAAAAUAUUUAGGCCAGCUCUUGCAAAUGUGCAAUAGCUAUCACAAAGCUUGUUUUUUGAACUGGGCCUUUUGUAGACAUUUCAAGGGAAUGUCUGAGCUUUACCAGAAAUUGCAGAUCUUUACUUUCAAACCAGGAGCACAUGGUUUAGAAAACAUGAAAGAGCAAAUGUGACUUCUUUUGUCCAAAGCAUCUGCUCAAUUUGAUCAUAUGCAGUUGCCAUGCUGCUGGUGGAACAGAUGGCACUCUGCUGUCCUGCUGUUGUGCCUGAAGACCAGGCUAAUAUGUGGAUAGUGUGGUGUAUGACAACAUACCUUUCUGAAAAAUGCAAGUCGCUGAUUUUUAACUGUGGCUUAAGAUUCUUAAAGGUAUACAUGAACUGAGGACACUAGUAGUCAGGCUAGGUGCUUUUCUACUAGCAAAGGGUCUUUUCAGAGGUCACAGGCCAGUGAGUUGCUAUCUGAAGGUAGCAUGAUAAGGCUUAAUUACUGAAUUAAAGGUUUUAAAUUGAAGUUUGCAGAGUAAAUUUCCUACUUACCCCUCCCUUUUUUUUUCUUUAAAUUCUGGAAAUGCCAGAGACACAAAACAGCAGCUAAAGCAUUCCGAGAUCUGUAGUGUCCCAGUGGGGAAAAACUGUAGGUAAUUCAAGGCUUUGUGCUGCUACUGAAGGGGAUUGAGAUGUGAAAAAAACCUCUUAUACCUGACACAGUUGUACUGGUGGGAGGUCAGCUUUUAAAGUAUGUCUUGUACUAAAUGCAAUAGGAGAAAGCAACUUAUUGUGUGAAUGGAUAUUUUGAAUUCUGUUAUAAAGCAUGCUCUAGGUGGCACUGGGUCCAGAGUCGUGUUUGAAACUGUUGUGGUUUGCACUCCAGGCACAGAUUUGGCUAGCCAGGAGAGCUCAGCAUUCCCAAACACUGCAAACUUGGCUAGUCAAUUCAGUGUUGUGUUUUUUUUUGUUUUUUUUUAAAUUGGUUCAGAUGAGGCUCCAAGCCCAGUGCUGGCAGGCUUUCUUGCUUUUUUUCCAGGCUUAAUGUAGUCUAAGCUCUGGUCUAGCUAACCAAAGCAUGUUGCACCUCUCUAAACGCCUUCAGUGCUUCUCUAGGAAGGUGCUAACAUGACUUGAAUGAUGGUGUACUAAUUCAGCUUUCCCUGACGUCUCCUAUGUGCAGUUCUUUCUAUAGUUUGUUCAGUGUUCUUUGUAACUUGGAUGCAAUAGCAACUUUAUUCCACUGCAUUCCACCCUAAAGCUGUGUCAAAUCUAUUUUUCUUGAGGUGGGGAUGGGAGGUUGGAAGUGUUGGCAUGAGAAUACUUUAAUGUAGAGAAUAUCUAAAUAAAUUAAAUAUGGAAGGUGUUGAACAAA